CUUCCUGGAUACAUCUGACAACAAAAUGGCGGCCUCCACGAUUAUCUGAAAUAUAUAUUUAUCCUGGCUGAUUAACGGGGAGAAUACAUAACGAUGUCUAAAAAACGAGCUAAAAGUGGUGCAGGUUCGGCGGGUAUGGCAAGAUGGGAACAGGCAUUAAUGCAAGCACAGUUUAUUGAGGAAACAUGGAAUGCAAGUAUUAUAUUUUUAGUUGGAGACAAACUUCAUGAUUAUUCACAUCUUGAUGUUCUUGCUGGAGUUGUGCAGAGUGGGAUAAGAAGGUUAUUCAGUGUUAUAUCAAAAGAUGAACUUUUUGAAGAGGUCAGAGACCUUGGUGGAAAAGGAGGAGGAAAGAAAACGAAGGAGACUCCUGCUCACAUGGAGAUCUGUGAAAGUGUGAAAUCAUACAUAGACAAUGAUGAAGAAAUUCCACUUCCACUGUUGGCAAAACUGAUGAAGUUUAAGCUACUGUGGGUGAAAAGUAAUGACUUAAAAAGAAGGGAAACAGAAAAAAAGGGAAUAAAACCAGGCAAAGGGAAAAGGAAUGCUGCAGACAGAGAAAAAGCUGCAAAGGGUGGUGGUAAAGAGAGAAGCAAGUCACCUGCCAAAGGAAAAGGUGGAAAGAAGACCCCUGAGCCUCCCUCGGCCAAAGUAGGGAGCAAAUUGAGGAAGAGGGGAGAAGAAGACCUGGACAGCAAAUAUAUUGACGAUGAGCCUGAUGAUGGUCCCCAACACUACAUCUUUGUGUAUGGUUUUAACCACCCUCACCUGCCAGUCUUUAUGUCUGACCUGGGCCUUAACAUAGAUGCCAUUGUUAAGAUCCAAUCAGAAGACUACAGCAGAUAUGCCACACCCCCUCCGGCACCACUUCCUGAGGGGGAGGUACCACCAGAGAAAGAUGAGAAAACACUUGCUCUUGAAGAAGAAGCUCUGCAAAAGAAACUGAAAAAGCAGAAAGAGCUCAAAAAAUUCUGGAGAGAUAUUCUUCCUAUCAUGCAAAACCAACCCCACAACUCCAAGCUCCAUGAUGUAGCAAGACUUGAAUACACUGUGAAAGAAGCCAUUAUACCUGAUAACCUAGAGGAUAAUGAGAAAAAGACCAAUUUUGGUACACUCUUAUUUGAGGAUCUUGCCUGCAUGGCUUAUGACCUACUUGAUGCCAAAAGGCUUUAUCAGACAUACCUCACCAACAUGAACUUAUUACGUAUACCUGUCUAUGGUGAGGCUCCACCUGCACAGCCGCCGCCAGAGGGUGGUGCACCCCCAGCGGCCCCAACUCCUACACCCCAAGGUGGAGCUCCUGCAGCCCAGCCACCAGAGGGAGCCCCUAGUGGAGCUCCAGUUCCUCAAGAGGUGGACAUGAGGUACUACAAUGACCUGAUGAAUUCUGUCCCCCAGGAAAGUGUCAGUGUGCCACUGAUAAUGCACUGCAUGCUGGAGCAGAUCCAGGCCACGGAGACAGAGAAAGAACCCCCCAGUGAAACCCCUCUCCCCACUAGACCUGAUGGCCUGGACAACCAGCUGGCUGCUCACAUUAGUGGAAUUGCCUUUAAAUUGUCUUUGUCUAAGGAGGAACAACAGCUUUUGGCUGAUGAGUUUGAUGAGCCUGAGAAGAAACCUGAAGUCUUUAAAGGUCCCCUCCUCCUAAACCACAGUGAUCAUCUGUCUGAGCGCACACACCACCUGCACUCCAUCAAUGGGUUCAACCCCAAGGAAGCUGAGCUCGACAUGCUGCAGUAUUUACCAUUUGCCAAGCUAGCAAAUUUUGAACAGCCCUCCAAUAAAGUGGCAAAGGAAAGAGCAGCACGGCUUCAGGAGUUGAUCCAUUUUUGUGCAACUGAAGGACUGACACCUUCAGAAAUUGACCGUGCUUUCAAGCAGUUCGUGUUUGAGUGUAUGGACUUGAUAGAGACAGAGGAGACUGGGAUGGUAGGGGCUAUCCCACUGUUCCACACUGCUGUACCAUGGGACGACCCUUACCCAUUCUUUAAGGGAAUGAUUCCUAUGGGGGAGAAAGUGGAGGAAAAAAUUGAAGCUCUGAAAGAAGCUUUGUCUGAGAAUUCUCUGGAGGAUGAAAUCAACUCAGCUCGAGCCACCAGUCAACAAAAAGUAAACCAGACUAACUCAAGGCCCCAGUCUGCCUCUUCCUCUCAGGCUGGCAGUGGACAGGGGUCAAGACCAACCACCCCCGGGAUUCUGAAGAAGUCUGAUAAACCAGGAUCAGCUACUUCAGCAAGGAGUGGUAAUACAAGUAUAUAUGGUCAACUUAUAUUUUCAGCACAUUCUGUCCACUUUGAAAGAGAUGAGAGUGGGAACCCCAUCCCCUCCAGACCCAUAGCUCUAAAGGAUGAAAUAGAGGAGCAGAUAUCGAAGGAAGAACCCACAAAGACCCCAGAAGAGAGCAUGGAUGAAGUGGUGGAUGCACAGAAGAGACAGUUGGACAGCUGGUGUUUUGCAGAACACUUUGAGCCCCACGUUCUUCUCCAGGUCCUGCAGAAGGCAUCCUACAGCCUGCCCUAUGUGGACACCUAUUAUCACAAGAGGGACCACUCCCUGAUGGUGGUGCUGCACAACCCACAAAACAGGGAGAUGCAGAACCACACCACCUGGUCUGUUAAACUUCAUGCCAAUGUGGGCUUUAGAAAUUAUUUGGAGCAUGUUGCACCAGACAUAGAGGACUGGCUGAAGGAGGAAGAAGCAGCAUACCAGGCCAAUCUUCUGGCCAAUGAGGUGGAAAAGUUGAGGCUGCAAGAUGCUGUGGCAGCCACACCAUCCAGUACAAAGAAAGGAAGAGCCAAAUCACCUCGAGCUAAAUCGCCAAGGGCCAGAUCAAAGAGUCCCAAAGGAUCUCGUGGCAGCAGCACUGAGAGACCAGACUCAGCACAGAGCAAUCCAUUCAUCAGAGCAGGCUCCCUGAAGGCACAGAAGGAGGAGAUGGACAGACUGAGGCAGGAGGCAGAGGAGUUAGAGAGGCAGAAGAAUGAGAAGAGGAUCAAAUCUGCACAGAAAAAGCCUGGCAACCAGCAUGUGGAAUGGAAGCCACAACCAGAGCCCUAUGUGGCGCCCCCUCCCAGGAGUCCCAGUCCUGCCCAGGCCAGCCCUGCUAAAGGAAAGGGCAAAGAUAAAGGCAAAGGAGCACAGGACAAAGCUGCAGCAACCCCAGAGCCCACAAUCCAGGAUGAGGAACCUAAAGAUGACAUAAAGAUAGAAGAAGAGUUGGUACCUGAGCAACCAUUUCAGGAACUGUUUGUCUCCUGUCCUGAUGGUCUGACCAUUCAGUAUAUGCUGGAGAGCCAUUGUGGUGUGAUACCCGCAGAUGAAAAUGAUAGGAAAGUGAUAGUGAAGCAGAGCUACCCCUUCAAGACCAAUGGUAAACAAGACUGUGAAGCCAAGCGUAAAGUGCCAGCCAUGCAGGAAGCUUCUCGUUUGGUAACCUGUGAGGGAAACAUUAUCAGGUUUUUCCAAGAUGAUUCUCUACAGAUUUUGUAUGCAGAUGGCACUGUGAGUAACAUCACUGGGAAUUUUGUGCCACUACCUCCAAGCAGAAUGAGUUCUCCUAGUAGAAUCAACAGUGCUAAGAGCCAGGCAGACAAAGAUGAAAAAGAGAAAGAGAAAGAGAAACCAAGCUCACCUAAGAAAGGUGGCAAACAAAGAAAGAGUGCACAGCUUGCAGAAAAGCAGCCAGAUAAUCUGGCUGUCGAGGAAACAGAGCCAAAAGGUGAAUGCAUCACUACCAUGCCAUCUGGUGAGAGAAUUUCUGUGAAACCAGAUGGAAAAUCAACUCCUCUGCCAGUUGCUCUGUUUACAUAUGCCACAGACCCAGAGAGCAAACAGAUGCUGACCACCAGAGAGGACCAUGUAAUGAUAGUGCAGCACCCAGACGGCAAGAGAAUAGUCCAGCAUAGUGAUGGAACCAGGGUAACCACUUACUAUGUACAGGAAGAGAUGUACCAACACAGUGCUGACACAGGCGAGGAUGUGAAGAUGGAGACUCCACUUGUUCAGAUGUUCAAGGUGGAGUGUCCUGGCUACGCCACCCUGGACUACAACACCGCCACUGGCUGCUGGAAGACUGAGUUUGGCACUGGCUCCAUUAUCCACACCACUCCUAAUGGCUGCUAUACCAUCUCACACCAAGAUGGUGGCAACCUGGUCGUGGAUGAGGAGGGAAGUGCAGUGUACAACCCCAAGCCUAACAAUAACAUCGAGUUUGCCUCUGCCAAUCAGAAACUGGUGUAUGCAAUGCGCCACCAUGCAGAUGUCAUCUGUGAGACUGUGGACAAUGAAGGAAAUAUCUUCAGUGUGAAGCACAAUGGUGACACCAUCGUGAUGAGCCCUUCUGGCAGUGAACUGGAGGUGGAGGACAAGGAGGUGGAAAAUGCAUUCGUGGAGAAAAAAGAAAUCAUACUUUACAAACAGCAUGCACCCAGGUUUUUCAUCAUUCACGGCAAUGGCAGUGGCACUGAACUCCUCCGAUAUCAGGAUAUAGCUGAUUACAUUGCAGCUNGUUACAAUAUGAAUACACUGUUCUUAGCUUUAUGUGGCAAAACAUGUUCAAAUUUCAAAAUAUCCAUAUUUUGA